AUGUUUCGGGGCCAAUUGCUCGGUGUAGCCAUUAGGCGGGUUAAUGGUAAAUUCUCUGCAUUCUACAAACCAAGUCGUGCAAAAUUUAAUCUCUUCUCCAGAGCAUUUUCCAAUUCAUCCGCUGAAGAUGAGAAUGAAGAGACCGAUGUUUUAAUCGUUGGCGGCGGACCUUCUGGCCUUUCAGCAGCUAUCAAACUCAAGCAAUUAGCAGCACAGAAAAACAGACCAAUCAGAGUAGUCCUUUUGGAGAAGGGGUCUGAAAUCGGAUCACAUAUUUUAAGCGGUGCUGUGUUAGAGCCCACUGCGUUAAAUGAGCUGUUGCCGGGAUGGAACGAAAAGCCAACGUCUUCAAAUCUUCCAAAGUUUCCUGUUGCCCAAUCAGUUGUUCAAGACGAGAUGAUACUUUUGAGUGAGAAGCUUUCCUUUGCCCUGCCAAAGCCGCCCCAAAUGCACAAUCGUGGCAAUUUUAUCAUUUCCCUUUCCGACUUUACAAAAUGGCUAGCUGAAAUUGCGGAAAACCUUGGGGUGGAGAUAUAUCCGGGAACUGCCGCAUCAAAGGUUUUGUAUUCUAGCAAGGGUGACGGUGUGGUUGGUAUUGAAACAAAUGCUGUUGGUAUCGACAAAAAGGGCACCAAAACUAGCUCCUAUCAACCAGGAAUCAAAUUUUUGUCUAAAAUCACCCUCUUUGCCGAAGGUUGUAGGGGCUCGCUGACAAAACACCUGGAAGAAAAGUUCCUUUUGAGAGAAAAUUCCUUCCAAACUUUUGGAUUGGGUUUAAAGGAGAUAUGGGACAUCAAACCUGAAAAUUUCAAAAAAGGUUUAGUGCUUCACUCGGUCGGAUGGCCUCUUUCCCAUGACACAUAUGGAGGCUCGUUCAUGUACCAUUCCGGGAUCGAAAAUAGAAUAUACAUCGGAAUGGUUGUAGGCCUGGACUACUCAAAUCCUUACCUCUCGCCCUAUAAUGAGUUUCAACGAUGGAAACACCACCCAAAGAUUUCUUCGUUUCUUGAGGGGGGCAAAUGCAUAUCUUAUGGUGCAAGAGCCUUAAACGAGGGCGGCAUUCAGUCCAUUCCGAAGCUUAGCUUUCCUGGUGGUGCUUUAAUAGGCUGUUGUGCUGGGUUUCUUAAUGUUCCUAAGAUUAAAGGAACCCAUACGGCGAUGAAAAGCGGGAUCCUUGCGGCGGAAGCCAUCAUGGAAGCUAGCCUAAACAGCGCCAAAAUGGGCGCUCUUUAUGAGCAAAACAUUAAAGAAAGUUGGCUCUGGAAAGAACUCUAUGCUGUCAGGAACGUCCGACCGAGUUUCAAGUAUGGUCUUGUUGCGGGGCUGCUUUAUUCCGGCAUUGAAACUAUCAUUUUUCGGGGGAAAUCGCCCUGGACACUGAAGCACCAUUCACCAGACCACUUGACCCUUAAAGAGGCUAAAGAUUCGGUCCAAAUUACAUAUCCGAAGCCUGAUGGCAAAAUUUCGUUUCCAUUGUUGGAUAAUUUGGCCAGAAGCGGGACAAACCAUGACGAAAAUCAGCCAUGUCACCUGAUCCUCUCAGACCCCAAAAUACCUGUGCAUGUAAAUCUGGAAAAGUAUGCCGGGCCCGAAAGCCGCUAUUGUCCCGCCGGUGUGUAUGAAUUUGUCGAUAGUGCUGGUGCCUCCUCAAAGCGGCUUCAAAUCAAUGCCCCAAACUGUCUGCAUUGUAAAACUUGCGACAUCAAGGACCCACUUCAAAAUAUCACAUGGGAUGCACCCAUGGGCGGGGGAGGCCCAAAUUACUCGGGGACAUAG